AUGCCGCAAAUUUAUCUCUUUGGUGACCAGACGAUCCACGCCGACUCCAGCCUGCAGGAGUUGCUGUACUUCAGUAAUAACAAGACAGUAUCCAUUCUUCUAUCGGAGGCCUAUCAAGCCAUUAGAAAAGAGAUUUCUUGUCUUCCAGCUACUGAACGGGCAUUGUUUCCUCAACCUGAAACCCUUGGCCUACUCCUCGAUGCAGUGAAAAAAGGAAAACGACAUCCCGCGUUAGAGAGCGCCUUGCUAUGCCUCUAUGAAAUUGCAGAAUAUAUCCGAGUUCAAGAGAUUGGACAUGUUGAUCCCUCCGAUGCCAACCAGUUUCUGAUUGGUCUCUGUACUGGAUCACUUGCUGCCGCUGCUAUAAGCUGUUCUCGAACGGUAGCUGAAUUGAUUCCAUUGGGUAUCGAGUCAGUGGUAGUUGCUUUCUGGGUGGGAAUGAAUGCAUUUCGCAAAGCCAAUGUCUUGGCCCCUUCAAGCCCUGCAAGCCCGAAAUCAUGGAGUCUCACGGUGGCUGGUAUCACCGAGAUAGAAUGUGAAAAAGCAAUCCAGUCAUGUUGUGACGAUUCGGAGCGCCCUAUUACAAUGAAGCCCUAUAUCAGUGCUGUCGGUUCCCACUCAGUCACGAUUAGCGGUCCAUCACAUGUCAUAGAGGCUUUGCAGAGCUUUUCAGUUCUGAAAGAAAAGAGAACUUUACUCUUGCCAAUAUACGCACCGUACCACGCCUCGCAUUUGUAUAUUGAGAAUGAUGUGACAGAGAUUCUAAGCUCAAUUUCUCGAAGCUUAUCAGUGGACCGAGUACCACAGAUUCCAAUAAUCUCGAACGCCUCGGGACUGGUACUGAUAGAGUCUACUUUCGGUGCUCUUCUACACACUUUGGUUAAAGAGAUAUUGACCAAUCCAGUGCGAAUAGACCAUAUUAUUGAUGGCAUCGCAGAAAACACCCUGGGUGGAACCAGGCACUUGAUUCCCAUUCACACACAAAGUGGCUCCAGUAUUGCAUCUGCCUUGCGUCAGAGGGGCCUCGAAGUGAUCUGCACCACUCAUCCUUCCGCGAAGACAGAUUCGGUGAGAACAGAGCAUAAUUCCUCCAACCAGGACUCGUCAAAGAUUGCGAUUAUCGGAUUCAGCGGCCGUUUCCCGGAAGCCGAUAAUCUCGAUGAGUUUUGGAAAGUCCUUGAAGAAGGGCUUGACGUUCACAAACCCAUCCCUUCUGAUAGAUUUGAUCGUGAAGCACAUUAUGAUCCAACGCUCCAAAGGAAGAACACUAGUCGCAUCCGGCAUGGUUGCUGGAUUCGCAACCCCGGCCUUUUUGAUGCACGUUUCUUCCACUUUUCGCCUCGCGAGGCCUGUCAAGCGGACCCAGCGCAAAGGCUAGCUCUUCUUACAGCUUACGAAGCCAUCGAAAUGGCUGGCCUUGUACCCGAUCGCACACCAUCAACCCAACGCCGUCGCGUUGGUGUCUACUACGGCACGACGAGCGAUGAUUGGCGUGAGGUUAACAGUGGCCAAAAUAUCGACACCUACUUCAUUCCUGGAGGAAACAGAGCAUUCGUCCCCGGUCGUCUGAACUAUUUCUUCAAGUUUGGUGGACCUAGUGUUUCUGUAGAUACAGCCUGCUCAUCAAGCUUGGCAGCUAUCAAUGUUGCUUGUACGGCUUUGUUAAAUCAAGAAUGCGACACCGCACUUGCUGGAGGCACGAACGUCAUGACAAACCCAGAUAACUUUGCCGGCUUGGAUCGAGGUCAUUUCCUAUCACCCUCCGGAAACUGUAAGACAUUUGAUGAUGGUGCGGAUGGAUAUUGCCGUGCAGACGGUGUGGGAUCUGUGGUUUUGAAGCGUCUUUCAGACGCUAUUGCUGAUAACGACCCUAUCUUUGGUGUGAUUCGAGGCACGCAUACAUCACAUUCAGCAGAAGCAGUUUCUAUAACCCGCCCACUGGCUGAUGCACAAGAGUAUCUCUUUCGUCAAAUCCUCAGUAGGACUGGAAUCCAUCCGCAUGAGAUCAGUUAUAUUGAGAUGCAUGGUACAGGCACUCAAGCUGGAGAUGCAGUGGAAAUGAAAUCUGUUCUUGACACAUUUGCUUGGGACAAGAGCCGCCCACCUAAUAUGCCUUUGCAUCUUGGGUCAGUCAAGUCCAAUGUUGGACAUGGUGAAUCGGCCUCGGGAGUCACGGCAUUAAUCAAGGUGUUGCUCAUGUUCCAAAGGAAUCGCAUCCCACCACAUUGUGGUAUCAAGACAAAAAUCAACCAUAGCUUCCCAACGGACCUCAAUGAGCGCAACGUCCAUAUCGCCCUGAGUGAAGCUGACUGGUCCCGCCCGAAAAAUUCCACGCGCCGCACAUUUGUUAACAACUUCUCAGCUGCCGGAGGCAAUACUGCUAUCUUGCUUGAGGAUGCAGCCACGGUCGACAGAAACGAACAGCAAGACCCGCGCAUCCAUCAUGUUGUGACCGUGUCUGCUCGGUCCGAAAAGUCGCUGAGGCGGAACCUGCAGUCCCUCGCAAAAUUCAUCGACUCUAAAACUUGUCCAGGUCUUUUAGCGCAGAUCUCCUAUACAACCACUGCUCGUCGAAUGCAUCAUUCUAGACGCGUGGCUGUCUCUGGUAGCGACCUUUCUCAUAUCAAACGCCGCCUCCUCGAACUCGCAUCGGAAGAAAUCAGAUCUAUUCCCGCAAAGUCCCCCUGUGUUGGAUUUCUCCUCACGGGCCAAGGGGCACAACAGACGGCAAUGGCGCAGCAAUUGUACCAACAUAUUACCUCUUUCCGGGCAGACAUACACAGUUUCGAUGCCAUAAGCCAUGCUCAUGGGCUCCCAUCUUGUCUGCCUUUGGUGACAGGUUCGAUUGAAAUCGAAAACCUGUCACCGACGACUAUUCAGCUCGGCACCGUCAUUGUUCAAAUGGCAUUGGGACGGCUCUGGAGAAAUUGGGGACUUCUGCCGCAGUACGUGCUGGGUCACAGUCUCGGAGAGUUUGCCGCCCUUGAACUCGCGGGGGUUUUGAGCGUCAGCGAUACAAUCUAUCUUACUGCCUCGCGUGCGCUCUUGUUAGAGAAGGCAUGUACUUCUGGAUCUCAUGGAAUGAUGGCCGUGAAAAGCUCGCCUGCAGAUCUACGUGACGUUCUUGAGGAACUACCAGUCGAAAUUGCGUGUAUCAAUGGGCCACAGGACACAGUUCUUAGUGGAUCGGGUUCCGACAUUGACAAAGCCAGCCAGAGACUGUCCCAAAAUGGGCUCAGAAGCACUAAGCUUAUUCUUCCAUUUGCAUUCCACUCUUCGCAAGUCAAUCCCAUACUUGAUGACCUGGAAGAGAUUGCUGGACGAUUGGUGUUCAAUGAGCCCAAGAUUCCAUUCAUAUCAACAUUGCUUGGAGAAGUCGUCACAGAAGAGGGUAUCAUCGGCCCUCAUUAUAUUCGGCGGCAUUGUCGCGAGACUGUAAAUUUCUUCCAGGCUGUGGAAGCUGCCAAAGCUAUCGGACUUGUCGAUAUCAAGGGACUUGGAAUUGAAAUUGGCGCCCAUCCCAUUCUUACGGGAAUGAUGACGAAAGUCAUGGGUUCGGAAUUUCGAUCAUGCCCAUCCCUGCGACGGAAUGAAGAUGCUUUCAAAACCCUUGCGGAGUCAUUGAGUGUAUUGCACGUGGCUGGCGUGCCAAUCAAUUGGAACGAGUACCAUCGAGACUUUGCGAUGAGCCAAAAGGCCCUGACGCUUCCUUCGUACAGCUGGGAUCUCGAGAACUAUUGGAUUCAAUACGAGAACAACUUUUGCCUCACUAAAGGCAGUCCGCAGGUGGAAGAUCCCCUGGAAAUCCCGGCUCCGACAUCUACUCGAAUCAGUCCUUCGGUACAGAAGAUUGUUGAAGAGCAAAUAAACGAUCGAAAUGCGCAUAUUGUUAUUGAAUCUGACUUCCAUGACCCGGAGCUUUUGCCGGUCGCUCUGGGACACAAACUGAACGGGCUUGUUCUUUGCCCUUCUUCACUUUACGCCGAUAUUGCCUACACCUUGGGCAAAUAUAUAGCCGAGAAGAAGGGAUAUGGAGAAGGCUUCACUCCCGAUGUGGCAGACGUGAUUGUUGAGAAGGCUCUUGUCAUCAAAGAUAGUGGCCCACAGUCCUUCCGAGCCUCAUUGGACUUUGACUGGAGCUCUCAUCGCGGUAGGAUGGAAGUCUUUAGUGUCGACAUUUCCGGCAAACGAACGAUCAGCCAUGCACACUGUACAGUAUAUCUACAGGAAAGCAAUAUUUGGAAAGACAGCUGGCGGCGACAGCAAUACCUCAUCCAGCGCAGUAUUGAAGUACUUGAAAAGGGUGUUAACACAGGAUCAGCACACAAGCUGCAUCGAGGUCUUGUUUAUAAGCUUUUCUCAUCUACAGUGCAGUAUGAUUAUUCCUACCAAGGGAUCGAAGAGAUCACAUUCGACAGCACUGGGCUUGAGGCCACGGCUAAAGUCUGUCUGAAGCCGAGCCAAUAUAAGUACAAGCUAAACCCAUUCUGGUGUGACAGCUUUGGACACCUCACUGGGUUUGUCAUGAACUCCAACGACUCUCUUGACUUGAGCAAGGAUACUUUUAUCAACCAUGGCUGGGCAUUUAUGCGCUGCUCUGAGACGCUCUCUGCAGAUCAUGUUUACCAGACAUACGUCAAGAUGCAGCCUGUCGGCGACAAUGAUAACUUGUUUUCUGGCGAUGUUUACGUUCUUCGUGAUAAAAAUAUCGUGGCCCAGUACGGAUCAGUCACAUUUCAGCGUAUCGCUAACCGUGUGCUGGAAAUUUUGCUACCAGCGCCAAAGCCCAAGCCUCUCGCUACACGUGCAGCCCCCGAAACAACACCCCUCUCUCUCGCAAACUCGAAGUCCACACCCAGCCCGAAGGAGAAACCAUCAGGUGCUUCUGAUUUGUGGAAACAGGUACUGAAGGUCAUUGCGGACGAAAUUGCGAUUGCCCCCGAGCAGCUCACGAAUGAUGUGGAGUUCACUGACAUGGGCGUUGACUCUCUGAUGUCGCUGACCAUCCUGGGCACUUUGCGCGAGUCGUUCCACCUUGAUGUACCACUUUCCUUAUUUGAGGAUUGUCCAUCUGUUCAAUCUUUGAGCGAUUAUCUGGGGCUUUCUUCAUCUGGGGUCAGUAGUGACGCCCCCAGUAUCAAAUCAAGCGAAAAUGACACAGGAGCCUCCACACCACUCACCGGACCGAUGGAGAAUACCGCGUUUGAUACCAUCGAUGCCAGCGUCACAAUGAUUCUAUCCAUCCUGGCCGAAGAAAUUGGCCUCGGCGCCAAAGAACUCGCCAAAGUCGAAGAUUUCGCCGAAGUGGGAGUGGACUCACUUUUGUCUUUACUAGCCUUGGGCCGUCUCAGAGAGGAGAUGGGCCUGGACCUGCCGCCUGAUUUCUUCAUGGAAUCUACGAAUGCAGCUGCCGUUAAGAAUUCCCUAAAGACCAUCUACGGAGUCACGGAAAAUGUUUCGAUAGACCCAAGCCCCCGCACUACUGUCGCAUUAUCUACAACCAGUCACCCGCCGGCAACGUCCAUACUUCUCCAGGGCAGAUCCUCCUGUCCACAAACAUUGUUUUUAUUCCCAGAUGGGUCUGGCUCCUCGACAUCCUACGCCAUGCUCCCCAAUAUCUCUCCAGAUGUGCGUGUCUACGGCCUCAACUGCCCUUACAUGCAAAAGCCCGAGGACCUUAAGUGCGCUCUCCAAGAUCUGACACCAUCCUACGUGGCCGAAAUUCGUCGCCGCCAACCAUCCGGUCCCUACAAUCUAGCAGGAUGGUCUGCAGGAGGUAUCGCUGCUUAUGAUGCCGCCCAGUAUCUCAUUCAACAAGGUGAAGCGGUUCCACGACUUAUUCUACUCGACUCGCCCAACCCAAUCGGGCUAGAUAAGUUGCCGCCGCGCUUCUACCACUUCCUUGAGAAAGCAGGGGUCUUCGGAAGUCAUGGAGGAAAGAAGCCUCCUCCGUGGUUGAUUCGGCAUUUCCUCGCUUUCAUCGAGGCUCUGGACAAGUGGCGGCCGAUCCCAUUCAAGCCAGCGCACGCGGCGCCCCGGACAACGCUAAUUUGGGCUCGAGAUGGGGUGUGCAAGCUGGCUAGCGACCCGCGGCCUGAACUGCAAGACGAUGAUCCCAAGGAAAUGACUUGGUUGUUAGAGAAUCGUACGGAUCUUGGGCCCAAUGGCUGGGAUAAACUACUUGGUCAUGGUAUCAAGAUUGAAAGUGUUGCGAACGCCAACCACUUCACGAUGGUUCGAGAGCCCGCUGCUACAUCACUAUCUGCAAUUAUCCGCCACGCUAUGUUGAGCUGA